GCUGCGGCGGAGGAGCGGGGAUGGAGGGCGAUCAGACGGAGAGCACGGUUGCCAUUAAGGGUAUCGAAAGAGAGCUCAUCUGCCCAGCGUGCAAGGAAUUAUUCACCCAUCCGCUGAUCCUUCCUUGCCAGCACAAUGUCUGUCACAAAUGUGUAAAAGAAAUACUCUUUGCCUAUGAAGACUCUUUUGCUGACGGGGGCUCUGAGUCCUCUAAUCAGAGCAGCCCUCGAAUUAGAAUAUCUUCUCCUAGCACGGACAGAAUUGACAGGAUUAGUAGAUCAGCCUCACAGAGGAGGUCUUUUGGGUGGAGAGGAUCUGGUAUCUACUCGGGCAGAAAGCGCAAUUCACUGACUCCUAGAUCGAGUCUGUUUCCUUGUCCGGGCUGCCAGCGGGAUAUCGAUCUCGGAGAACGUGGCAUCAAUGGCCUAUUUCGCAACUUCACUUUGGAAACCAUCGUGGAAAGAUACAGACAGGCAGCCAGGGCAGCCAUUGCUAUCAUGUGCAACUUCUGCAAACCUCCACCUCAGGAGUCCACAAAGAGCUGCAUGGACUGCAACGCCAGCUAUUGCAAUGAGUGCUUCAAAAUACACCAUCCCUGGGGGACGGUGAAAGCCCAGCACGAAUACGGAGGACCAACCACCAACUUCAGACCCAAGAUUUUGAUGUGUCCAGAGCAUGAAAUGGAGAGGGUAAACAUGUACUGUGAAAUCUGCAGAAGGCCUGUUUGUCAUCUGUGUAAACUGGGCGGAUGUCACGCAAACCACAGAGUAACAACCAUGAGCACUGCCUAUAAAACCCUUAAGGAGAAGCUUUCGAAAGACAUUGACUACCUCAUCAGUAAGGAGAGCCAGGUGAAAGCCCACAUCACACAGCUGGACCUGCUGAUGAAGGAAACAGAGUGCAACAGUGAAAGAGCUAAAGAAGCAGCAUCUCAGAGUUUUGAGAAAUUGUAUCAUGUACUGGAAGAGAAGAAAUCUGCAGCUCUUAGGGUGAUUGAAGCUUCUAAGAAUUUAAGGCUGGAAAAAUUGCAAACACAAGCCGAAGAAUAUCAAGGGCUCCUGGAAAAUAAUGGCCUUGUGGGAUACGCUCAAGAAGUGCUUAAAGAAACUGACCCAUCUUGUUUUGUUCAAACGGCAAAACAACUUCAUGUCAGAAUCCAAAAGGCUACUGAAUCGCUGAAGAGCUUCAGGCCGGCAGCUGAAACUACUUUUGAAGACUUUGUGGUGGACAUAGCCAAGCAAGAAGAGAUCCUUGGUGACUUGUCCUUCUAUUCCAACGAAAUACCAGAAAUCAAUGAAGUGCAGAGCAAAAUUUACAACAAAGCUGUGAUCAGUUGGGAGUGCCCUGGGAAGGCAGAUUCAGCUGAUACCUAUAUUCUCGAGUAUCUGAAGCUUAACGGAGAAGAGGAGAGCGUAAUGCGGAAGGAGAUCAAAGUUUGCAGCAAGAGCAAAAUAGUGUCUGAUCUUGAUGAUGACAGCAGGUAUGCCUUCAGAGUUCGAGGAUGUAAAGGGUCCAUCUGUGGCCCUUGGAGCCGAGAAGUUGUUUUGCGUACGCCUCCAGCUCCAGUUUUCAGUUUUCUUUUUGAUGACAAAUGUGGGUACAACAGUGAACAUCUCCUGCUGAACCCAGAAAGAACCUCUGUGGAAAGUAUGGCUGGAUUUCCUCUGCUGCUGGGGUCUGAGCGCAUGCAGGUCGGAUGCUACACAACCCUGGAUUACAUCAUUGGUGACACUGGGAUUGCCAAAGGAAAGCACUUCUGGGCUUUUCGUGUGGAAGCCUAUUCAUACCUGGUGAAAGUGGGAGUUGUUUCUAGCAACAAGAUACAGAAGUUGUUCCAUAAUACCCAUGAUGUGACCAGCCCAAGGUAUGAGCAAGACAGCGGUCACGACAGUGGGAGCGAAGAUGCCUUCUUUGACUCAUCACAGCCUUUCACACUGGUCACUUUAGGCAUGAAGAAGUUCUUUAUCCCCACAACACCUGCUGCCCCCAAAGAUCCAGCGAGCAGAAUCCUUCCCUUGCCGGCGUGCUUGGGCAUCUGCCUUGACUGUGACCACGGCAAGCUGGGGUUUUACGACGCGGGCUGUAUGAGAUGCCUUUAUGAGUGUGAGGUGGAUUGCUCUGGCAUAAUGUACCCAGCGUUUGCCUUAAUGGGUGGCGCGGCAGUUCAUCUUGAGGAAGCCAUCACAGCAACGUACGGCGAGUACGACGACGACGUCUAGUGCAUGCAUCCCUUCCCGUUGCUGCUCUGAGGUGGAAAAUAAGAGCAGAAAAAUUCUACUUUAGUCUCCAGUCCUGAUUAUUUACAUUAUAUUUAUGUGUUGCUCACAACCGUCCAGGUCAUACUUUUUUAUAAACAGAUGGUGGAGACACUUCCCACACCAGUGGGAAAUGUUCUUCCAGAAACUCUCCUGCCUUUCUUGUGAUCUGUGCAAUGCUGUUCUCCACAGACUUUCUUCCCAGGGGGAAGCAAGGAAGAUGUUUGACUAGCAACCAAAAUUACUCUUCAGGGGUAGAAAUCUGCCUUUUAUGUAACUUAAAUCCUUACAUCGUCAGUUUUGCAUUUAAUGCAGUCAAAGCUGACAGUGUGUGAUCACCCUUCUCCUUUCAAGAAAUCUGUGUGACCGCCCCUGGGGGGUCAAAUGCUUUCCAGUUAACCCCUGAGCUAAGGGGUUGGGCCUUUCAGCGUAAAGUAACACUUGCAAAAAUGCAACAAAAAGCAGGGAGAAAUCAGAACUAUAGCUGAACAUUUAGGUGGCUGUCCUGGUUUGAAGUAAAACAGAACCAAACUACAAGGGUCGUAUUUAGAAUGAGGAGCGUAAACUAGAGUCUGAUUGCAUGUCAUGUACCUUUAAUGUGACUGUAAGCUAAAGCUAAUUCUGACACCUGAUAUCAUAUAGUUGGUGGCAUAAUGACAAGUUUCUUUACUCUUCCAGGCUUUUAUUAUAGGCUAUAUAAAAAUAUAUAAAGUGCAAUUCUACCUUAAACAUCAGACUUUAGAGUGCAAAAUGAGAAGUGUUUGCAUGCGUGAGUAAUAGUACCUGGUAUUUAGGCAAAAGCAAAUGAGUUAUUGACAUGAGUAAUAAUAUGUGAACUCUGAGAAAAUCAGGUAUUUCUUUUAAUACUUAUUUCUAUAAGUUAAUUUUUUGAUGUAGUAGCAGCUUGUUUUUUUUAGUAAGAAUCUUAAAAAUGCACUGAUUGAGUUUUGAGACCCAAUUUCUGCCUUAAAGGACGUGUCCCUCAAAUUUCUGUUCCUCUCGUGUUAAAAACUGUAUCACAUAGUAGUUUUUCAUAGAAUCAUAGAACCAUAGAGUGGUUUGGGUUGGAAGCUACCUUUAAAGAUUGUCUGGUUCCCCUGCCCUGCCAUGGGCAGAGACACCUUUCACUAGACCAGGUUGCUCAAAGCUAUGUCCAACCUGACCUUGAACACUUCCAGGCGUGGGGCAUCCACAGCUUCUCUGGGCAGCCUGUUCUAGGGUUUCACCAUCCUCAUCGAUAGAAAUUUCUUCCUUAGAUCUAAUCUAAACCUGCCCUUUUUCAGUUUAAAACUUGCCCCUUGUCCUAUUUCUGCAGGCCUUUGUAAAUGUUUGUCUCUGUCUAUCUUACGAUUCCCCUUUGUGUAUUGAAAGGCCGCAAUUAAGUCUCCCCAGAGCCUCUCUUCUCCAGGCUGAGCAAUCCCAAUUCUCUCAACCUUUCUUCACAGGAGAGGUGUUCCAGCUCUCUGACCGUUUCUGAGGCCCUCCUCAGAAGGGCUCUGAACUCGUGGCACCAGAGCUGGAUGCAAUACAGACCAUGUCGGGUCUUGGAAGAGCAGAGUGGGAGAAUCACCUCCCCUGCCCUUCGGCCCACCCAGCAGCCCAGGGUACAAUUGGCUUUCUGGGCUGCAAGUGCACAUUGCUGGUUCAUGUCCAAUUUUUCAUCCACCAGGAUCGCCAAGUCCAUCUCUGUAGGGAUGCUCUCCAUCUCCCAGUCUGUACUGAUAUUGGAAACUGCCCAGACCCAAGUGCAGGACCUUGUGUUUGGCCUUGGCGAACCUCAUGAGGUUCAUGUGGGCCCACUCCUCAAGCUUGUCGAGAUCCCGCUGCGUGGCAUCCCUUCCCAUUAGCAAAUGAACUGCUCAGCUUGGUGUCAUCUACAAACUUGCUGAGGGUGCACUCAAUCCCACUGUCCUAUGUUAAUGAAGAAACUAAGUAAUAUCGGUGCCAGUACAGACCAUUGAGGGACAUCACUUGUUACUGGUUUCCAUUUGGACAUUGAACUGUUGACUGUAAGACACUCUUUGGACAUGGCCAUCCAGCCAGUUCCUUAUCCAUUGAAUUGUCCAUCUGUCAACCCCAAAUCUCUUGAAUUUAGAGGCACGAAUGUUGUGGGGGAUUGUAUCUAAGGCCUUACAGAAGUCCAGGUAUGUGACAUCCGUAGCUCUUCCUUUGUCCACUGGUGCAGUCACUCCAUCACAGAAGGCCACUAGAUGAGUCGGGCAUGGUUUGUCCUUGGUGUAUGUGUGUUGGCUGACUGCAGUCACCUCCCUGUCUUCCAUAUGUUGUGAUGUAUCUUCCAGGAGGAUCUGUUCCAUGAUCUUACUGGGUACAGAGGUGGAAUGCAUCUGUUCAUAGAAGUCUAUGUGAAAAAACAUUUGGGUACUUGCCCUGUUACCUUGUGUUGUGGAAAAAUAAGGAUCUAAAGUGAAGGAUGUUUCUAAUACGUACUUGGUGCUUUCUAAUUUGGGGAUAUGCUUUCUAAUUUGGGGAUAGUGUUGUAUCUUGAUGAAUGUGUGUGAAGUAUGCUUACUAAGUAUAUGUAUACAGCUGUAGAGCUAUGAAAUGGGACCUGAAAUCACAAUACACUUUAAUGAAUGUAGGUCACAAUGCAAAACCUUUGUGUGCUUUGCUGUCUGAACUGUUGUACUGAUCUGACCUGGAGUCCAGCCCUCCCAGUGUCCUCUCUCCUAAGCCUCUCUCUUCUGGUAGCAACUGUCAGGAGGAACUGAAAAUAACAUCUGGGCCAAGGUGAGUAUGACAGCCCUUUCAGGGCUAGAAAGUCCCAGCAAGAGCAACUUCUUGUCAGGGUUUCACCCGCAAGUGUUUCUGCCUUGGUAAGAAAGGAAAAACUUCGUUGUGUGCUUGUUGGAGAAACACUUUGGUGUCCCAGGCAGUAGCUGUGAGGCAUUUGGUAUCUUCUGGAACUUUAUCCUGCAGGAGAAAUGGCCAGUUGUCCCUCGCUAGUUAUCCGUCCUCUAGGUCAUUUCUUUUCGUAACAGGUGGUUAUCACAGCCUUUCUUUCUCAUUGUUCCCCCAUCCCUUCAUGGUUCCUCUCGCUGGAUGGAGGCCAUUCUGUACUGGUGAGCAUCCUGCUGCAUCUCCUUCUCCUCCCACCUUCUGAGGCUAACUGAAGGAGCCCUCCAUACAGACACUCUGUUGCUGUGAAGGGUGACAAAAUUCUGGGUUUUCCUUGUUUCCAUAGUCCUAGAACCGUAUUUGCCUUUUUGGUCAAUACCGAAUAUUAAGCUGACGUUUGAAUAGUUCUUACACAGUGUUUUCCACAUGAUCCUGAUGGUUAGCUGUAAACAAGCUGUGCACGUACAGGGUUUCCCCACCUUGUGUGUUAUUUUGCAUUUGCUAAUCCUGAGUUACAUCUGCUCUUUUAUGUGGUCACUUAGUCCUGAGGAUCUCCUGCAGCUCUUCAGUUACUUCUGGACUUGAAUGUUUCCCAGUAGCUUCAGAGGUAACACAAACACGGUCAUUUCUUUGCUUGCUUGUUUUUCCAGAUCUUGGAGCGACUUAGGUUGUUGUGAGAUGCAGCAAACCUCUUUCUGCCAUUAAAAUUUACUGUUCUUCCACUUCCCCCUCCCCCCAAGUCAUUUAUUAAACCAUGAUUAGCUAGUGAAGCACUGAAAUCUUUUACAUGUUAGUACACUCUAUUGAGUAGAUGACUCAAGUCACUGUGUGCAUGAGCCCAAUAGUCAGAUGGACUCAGGAGACAGGAUUCUGUCUUCAGAAGCUGUGACUUCUCCCAUUGUAUAAUCACCGUUUGUCCAUUCAUCCACCAAACCUAGUAUGGGCUUAAAGCUAUAGAAUGUACCGUUGAACUUUCUGGUUUGUUGUUCCCAGACCAGAUCUCCUUCCACAGGUGAAUUUGUCACUUUUGGUUCCUCUGUUUCAGAAACUGGUUUAAAUUGGAGGUUUUAUGUCACAGUUAGCACUACAUAGUUCCACAUCUGGAUUAUUUAUAAGCAUCUGGACUGAUACCACCAGGCUAUGGCCUUUCAUCACUUUGUGGAAAUAGUAAUAAAUUGAACAUUCAGUCUUAGAUAUGAAGACAUUCUCUCAUUUAUUAAAAAAAAUAAAUUUAUUGGUUUGACAAUAUAGAAGUAAGAAAUAAAAAAUUUAGGUUUUUUCUACUAUAGCUUUAUUUACAUUCAUUUAAGAUGUGCUCUGCUAUGCAAUUACUUGUUCUACUGGACAGAGACUGACACUACUUUAAACAUUUAUCUACUUUUUGAUAUGUCUGUUUCUAUUUGUCUCAUUUGGAGUUUAAAAAUUGAUUUGGCUUUUUGGCGUUACUUGAAUACUAAGGAUGCAUCCAUCACAGUACUCUAUGGUGCUUACUCCAGCUUAUUAAAUUAAAAAACCACACUGUCAGAGGCACUGACAACACACUGUCAUAUUUUUUCCACUAGAAGAGAAGUGUCACCUUUCAGAAACACAGUUCAGCAGUACUUGCCUAUCCAGAUACUUACUUUUCCAGAACAAGUUUCUUCCUAUGAAACAGCACUUUACAAUGUAGACUAAGCUAAGAAUGGUGUGGUAUUGUGUGGAUCUUUGUGCAAUAUAGCUGUUUGGUGACUACUGUGUGAUUUGCAAAGCUCCAUGCAGGUGUGAAUCAUGUAGACACUUUUUAGAUAUCUAAAGCUUUAACAAAAAGGCCUUGUUUAAAAACAUUCUGAUAUGUAAAUGUGUUGUCUUUUUCUUUUUAAUAAAAACUGAAAAUAUAGUA